CUUUUCAGCCGUUUCCAGCAAACACCGUCUGGGUCUAAUGACGAGCACAUGUUGGAAGAACAUGUGGAUCUUUAAGGAUACGUUUGUGAAUUUGGAAUUAAGGGGGUUGUAUUACUGUUCUAAUUGUAAUACUUGUUUCACUACGUAAUUACUGUGCAAGAUUACUCCAUCUCUCCAGUAGUGUUUUCGGUUAAUCAAUCUACGUUAUUUGGCAAAUCGUAAGUAAGUUUCAGACACCUCGUGGAACGAGCUCAGCUCUAACUUUCAACAACUUCCAAGAAAUUGAAAAUUCAGUCUUCUUUAGAUAUACCACCUUAUAAGUUAGCUGGUUACUUACCCCAAGGAACCUGUCCAUACAUGUGUUUGUUUGAAUAACUUUUUGUUUUAAUUUCUCCUUUUUUCAACAGUCCUCGUUAGACAGCACCACAAAGUCCCCAAAAUAUAGGAAAAAUGCGUGUGACCAACGGUUCUGCUGACCAACGAGAGCUGUUUAAGCCCGAUGACGAUAUACAUACGUCAAUGCGCCUUUUGUCUGGUGCUUUAAACGAACAUAUUCAAAAACAUCGUUCAUCUGAAGGUGUUCAUAAGACAAAGUUUCUGUUCCAUCAACUUGUGGAUUUUAUGCUGGCCAGCUGGUCGACGUUUUUCGUACCGGGAAAGUCGUCAAAAUACAAGAAAAUCUUCCAGCGAGCUCUUGGGAUUCAACCCCAGCUGGCACAACUUGAUGAAGAAUCUUUCGACAUUGAUCGUCAUCAACAUGACUUGGAAUGUCUAGCUAGGAUGGCCUCUUCCAUUAAGCGUGAAGAUAUCGUACAAGAAAUUCGCAUGCUACUACCUCAUCAACCUCCAAUACCAAAUGCUACGGCGAUUAAUUUGAGCAGGAAAGAAGGCUGGGUCAAAUUGGAAGAAGAAGGAAAGCAUCACUAUGAAAUGAAAGAAUGGAAAUUAGCUCUGGUUCUAUUUAGUCAAGCAAUUGGUUUAAAUUCGGAAGAAGGAAUUCUUUACUCUUGUCGAGCCAUGUGUGAACUUCAUUUGUCAAAAUUUCAGUUGGCCGUAGAAGAUGCUCAAGACGCGGUUGAACUCGAUCCGAAGUGCGCCGAAUACAGACGCCUUCUGUCGGAGGCAUCUUCAGGAUCUCUGCCAUGUCAGCCGAUAAAAUCAAAGCUGAUCGAUUUCUACCAAGUGGGUCGUAACUAUUUUUACGGUGAUAAUGGAUUUGUUGAAGAUCACGUGGAAGCGGAGAAAAACCUCAAAAUGGCUGCCGCAACUUUUCAUGUAAAACCCAGUUUGCUGCUUGCAAAACUGUUGCUGAAAAAUGAGAGAUCUUGUGAAGCAUUUCCUUUUCUCCAGCGUGCAGCUGAAAAAGGUGUGGUUGAAGCUCAGUACCUAUUCGGUCGCCUAUUGAUAUAUGGAGAUGGAUGCCCUCGACAUGAGCCAGCAGCCAAAAAGUGGUUCUUUAAGGCCCAUGCUCAAGGUUUUGUACCGAAAAGUAUCAAGAACGUGAGAUGGGUUGAUGAGAUUGUAAAACAUGCUGAAUCUUUGGUGCGUUUUGAGUCGGACAACAAUAUCGAUAGCAAAGGAAUCAGCCUUGCUAAAAGACUUUCACGAUUCACAUCCCAUACCAGCUUUGAGUUUGAUGGAUUUGAUGAACUUCUUAAAUCCGCCAUCCAAUUUAAUACUAGCCAUCCGACGAAAGAAACAAUCUUGAUGAAGCCGGCCAUUGAAGUGUGGAUGCCAAUGAUGAUGAAAAGAGCUCAAAAUCGUUCAUUUAAAGCCCAAUCUUUUUUUCUUGCUCAUGGACUUAUCAUGGAAGCACAAAAAUUGCUGCUUAGGAAUCAGACUGUGCAAUCACUGAAAAUGCUGCGAGAAGCUCGCAGACAAUGGGAUUAUCCCAUCAUCGAUACCUCAAUGUUUGUAGAUGCAGCUGAAGAGAUGCUGAAGAAUAAUCAAGCCAAUGCGGAAGCCUACCAUGUGUUAAUCUGCUCAGACAGAAGUUCAUCCAUUGAAAACAAACUUUGGUUGGCCAUUCAGUGUGUCAAGCUUGAUCCAUCUGUUCCUGAUUUCCAUCACUCCUUAGCCCGUGUAUAUGGCGAUAUGGGAGACUACCGAAGAGCUGUACGUUCCAUUGAUGUAGCCCUGAAGAUACUUGCGCAUUCAGACUGGUUGUACGAUCGUGCACAUCUCCUUCGAUUGAGCAAGGUUAAACCGGAUUUAGAAGUCGUCAGUGCCUUUGAGAAAUACGUUUCUUGUAGUCCCCCUGAUGCUGCUCACGUUCCCGAUGCUUAUUAUUGUAUAGCUCUAGCUCAUUACGCAAUGUCUCGUUUGAAAGAAUUCACCGUCGCUUUGAAAAAAGGUAAAAAAGCGGAGAGUUCCGAAAUUCGUUUACCGUGUUUUCGGGCUUUCAAGAAGAAUGAUUAUGUUACUAAACAAAUUCCUAAACAUAAUGUGAAGCCAAAUUCACGAACGAAUGGUAAGAAAACUGAAAAGAUCUUUGAAAUUCUGUGUGUUGUUUGUUCCAAGGGAAAUCCUUUGCUAUUUUGUCCGUUUUGUCAUAACUGGACAUGUGGAAAGGAUGAGCAAAAUAUGACGGCUGGGAUGCACGACUGUCAGGCCAGUCACAUUGCCUAUCACAAAUCAGUCGCCUCUGCCAGCACCGGAAAUUUUUAGAAUUCUACGUGUUCUAAUGAUUGUUUACCUUUCUUUUAUGUACUGCGUUUGAAUUUCUUCUUUGAGCCAUUUCAUGUUUGCAAAACUUGGUCUUUUGUGUGGAUGUUGCAAACGUUCUUGACGUUUAAAUCUCAGGGCUGUUGCUGCUGCGUAUUCAUUAUUUUUAGCUCCUUGAAUAAUGGAAUUAUUUUUGAGACUGCUUUCAAACCAUUUUAGUUGCUCGUUCAAGUGUUAAUAGCAGCAUCAUUAACUGUGCCAAGCUUUGGCAAUUACCAAUUCUUUAUAUUUCCUGUAGUUUUUAUAACACAGUUAAACUUGUUGUCCAAAUAGAGAUAAAUGGUUUGGA